CGGCGGCGGGCAGCUAAAGGCAGGUGGCACCGGGGAGCGGCCCCGGGCUGCUCGGGGGCGGUGCGGAGCCGUCCAGCGGAGCCGGAGCGGGGGUCCGGCGGGGCCAUGCGGCGGGCGGCGGCCUGAGCGGGGCGGUGGCCAUGGCCGGGGCGGCGGCGGGCGGCGGGGAGCUGCGGGCGGCGGCGCUGACAGGGGUGCGCACCGAGGGCACGGGGCCGCCCGGCGGGACCCCCCCGCCCCGCCACCGGGCGCUGCUGGCGGCACCGCGCCCCGGGACCGCCGCCCGCCCCGCCGGGCCCCAGCGCUGCUGCCGCCGCCGCCUGCAGAACUGUCUGUACAACGUGCUGGAGCGGCCCCGCGGGUGGGCCUUCGUCUACCAUGUCUUCAUAUUCCUCCUCGUCUUCAGCUGCCUGGUGCUGUCAGUCUUCUCCACCAUCCAGGAGCACCAGAAACUGGCCAACCAGUGCCUCUUUAUCCUGGAGUUUGUCAUGAUCGUGGUGUUCGGCAUGGAGUACAUCAUCCGCGUCUGGGCGGCCGGCUGCUGCUGCCGCUACCGGGGCUGGCGGGGACGGUUCCGCUUUGCCAGGAAGCCGUUCUGCGUUAUAGAUUUCAUCGUCUUCAUCGCCUCGGUGGCUGUCAUCGCCGCCGGCACCCAGGGCAACAUCUUCGCCACCUCGGCGCUGCGCAGCAUGCGGUUCCUGCAGAUCCUGCGCAUGGUGCGCAUGGACCGGCGCGGCGGCACCUGGAAGCUGCUGGGAUCCGUUGUCUAUGCCCACAGCAAGGAGCUCAUCACCGCCUGGUACAUCGGCUUCCUGGUGCUCAUCUUCGCCUCCUUCCUCGUCUACCUGGCUGAGAAGGAUGCAAACGCCCAAUUUGCCACCUACGCCGACUCCCUGUGGUGGGGCACGGCCUCCCCCUGCUCUGCCCCCGGGCAGGUCACCCUCACCACCAUCGGCUACGGGGACAAGACGCCGCAGACAUGGCUGGGACGGAUGCUGGCGGCCGGCUUCGCCCUGCUCGGCAUCUCCUUCUUUGCGCUGCCCGCAGGGAUCCUGGGCUCUGGCUUCGCCCUCAAAGUGCAGGAGCAGCAUCGGCAGAAGCACUUUGAGAAGAGACGAACUCCAGCAGCCAAUCUGAUCCAGGCUGCCUGGCGCUUGUACUCUACAGACGGCAGCCGGCUGUACCUGACGGCUACCUGGUGUUACUAUGACAGCCUCCUGCCCGCCUUCAGAGAGCUGGUCCUAAUGUUUGAGCAUUUGCACCGAGUCCGCAACGGAGGAUUUAGGAAUUCAGAGGUGAAAAAAUUCCCCGACGGAGCCCCACCGCCUUAUCACUCCUUCACCCCUGGCCAGAAAAGCAUCAGCCCUGCGGCUUGUCCAGGGGACAGCUGGAAGGAGGAGGACGUGCAGCCCCACAAGUGCUUACGCCUCAGCAACAAGAUGGGCAUCAAGGACCGCAUCCGGCUGAGCAGCCGGGGCCGGCAGCAGCUGGGACCCCCCCUGCACCGCUCCCCCAGCACCGAGGACAUCCCCGAGGCCUCCAGCCCCACCAAAGUGCAGAAGAGCUGGAGCUUCAACGACCGGACCCGCUUCCGUGCGUCCCUCAGGCUCAAGCCACGGACCCCGGUCGAGGCUGACUGCCCACCGGAGGACAGCGGCGAGGAGAAGGGCUCCCACUGUGACCUGACCUUCGAGGACAUCAUGCCAUCGGUGAAGACCCUCAUCCGGGCUGUCAGGAUCCUCAAGUUCCUGGUGGCCAAGAGGAAGUUCAAGGAGACCUUGCGUCCCUACGAUGUCAAGGAUGUCAUCGAGCAGUACUCGGCCGGUCAUCUCGACAUGCUGGGCAGGAUCAAGAGCCUUCAGAUGCGCGUGGACCAGAUUGUGGGCAGGGGGGGCCUUGCCACAGACAAGAAGACGCGGGAGAAGGGGGAGAAACCGGCGCUGGAGACGGAGCUGGUGGACGAGCUCAGCAUGAUGGGGCGCGUGGUCAAAGUGGAGAGACAGGUGCAGUCCAUCGAGCACAAGCUGGACCUGCUGCUCGGCCUCUACUCCCAGUGCCUGCGCAAAGGCUCCGUCAACUCUUUCAGCCUGGCUGCCGUGCAGGUGCCCCCACACGAGCCCGACAUCACCUCCGACUACCACAGCCCUGUGGACCACGAGGACAUCUCGAUCUCUGCCCAGACCCUCAACAUCUCCAGGUCGGCCAGCACCAACAUGGACUGAGCGCAGAGGCAGCGGGACGGAUCCUGCCGGGAUGCGGGAACAGCUGUGGUAUCGCCCGGUCCCCUCCAGCCGUGUCCCUCGCCCUGUUACUUGAACCGAGUCUGCCUUUGCGGGGAUGUGGCUGCAGAGGGUGCCCAUGCUGGGGAUGCGGUGGGACUGUGGCACGGCCAGACCACACUCCUGGGAUGCUCCUGCCUUCCCAGGGGGUGAGACCCCCCAGCUCCUGGGGGCUUGAGUGCUCCCCAGCCAUAGCAGGGACACCCCAGCCCUUGGGACAUGUCCAGCUCCCCAGGAGGGUCCUGCAUGGUCCCCUGGGCCUCUACCAGCUAUGCAAGGCUCCAUUUUCCGCUGCCGGUGCUGAGCAGGGGUGUUGGGGCACAACCCACUGUGGUUUUACCUGCGUUGCUUGGGGUCAGAGCAGCAGCGGGGGACCCCUGGGAGGGAGAAUGGGGGGGUCUGUUCCCCCUCACCCUCUGUUUCCCUGCUUGCAGGGCUGCAGCUGCACCUCUAGAAGCACAGCAGAGCCUCUGCCUGCCCGUGCAUGCUCCCAGGGCAAUAUAUAUAUAGGAGAUAUAUAUAUAUAUAUUUAUGCAAUAAUGUCUUAAUAUGCAAGACCCCCGUGAAGAGCAACCCGUGGGGACAUAGGCAAUAAGCAAACCCCCUUACCAGCACAAAGGGCUGGAUCCUGCUCCCGUGGGGACCUACCUGGGUGCCCUGGGGGCUCGGGGCCAGGUGACAAACCUCCACUCAAGGGUGGCAGGAGGAAGGGAUGCAGGCACAGCUGCUGGGGAUGGUGGUCCCCAAGGAGCAUCCUUCCCUCUCAUGUCCCAGACCCUGCUCUUGCUUAGAGGAUUCCUUCCCAGCUGGGUCCUGCAGUGCUCAGUUUGUCCCUCCCAAUAUCCCCAUCCCCUGUGUGACCUGGGGAGUACGGGCUGGGCCUGGGGGUGACUGCCUGGUGGGGACAGAGCCGUGUUGGCUGUGUCUCCUUGCAUGCUGCUCCUAGCAGAGCCACGGCAGCUCCUGUGCUGCCCUGAUCCCAGCCCUGGGACUGGUUUCCAGUCCCGCAGUGCUGGGCUGAGCUGGGCUGGAAACGAUCGUGGUAGUGCCAAAGUUUGCCAAAGUGGGGGUCCUGUGGGGGGCUCGGCAGCGACACCUGCAUGGUGGAUCUUACCUGGUCUGGGGGGGACACCCCUGAGCCCCUCGCUGCUGCCAGCAUGGCCCCUCCCUGGGCUUCGGACUGUGGGAUUUGCACCCCCUUUCCCAAGCCCCCCCUGUGCCUCUGCUCCUGGCAGCAGGGACCCCCCCACCCUGCUCGUUUUUCUUGCCUUGUUAGUGCAUGUGACCAGAGCCGCUGGCAGCCCCCCUGCUCCUGCACCACCUUGGCCCCCUCCCUUCGCCCCAGGGGUGCCCGUGUCCCUGGGCUGUGGGGCAGCAAUGCCGUGGGGACACGAGGGAACAGCUGGGUGCUGUGGGUUGGUGCGUGGGUGCCGUGGGUGCCAUGCGAGAGCUUCGCACGCAGGAACUAACUCGUAGGAGCCUCCCCGGUGCUGGCUGGUCCCUGCAGAAUGCCCCAGCCAGCGGUAGUUACCUCACUUGAUUAACUUAUUAACUUAUUUGUUUCAUUAAAAUUUGGAGUAGAGGCU